UUUUUGUGUACUCUGGUCAUCAAACCGAUUCCUUCUACAUCAAAUUGGACGUAAGCCCAGACGACAACUACAUUGUUUGUGGUAGUUCCGAUCGGCGAGCUCACAUUUACACAAUAGGACAGCGUCGACAACGCCCAGUGGUGCUAUCGGGUCAUAGUGGGGAAGUCAGUGUACCCCGUUGGUGUCGAGCAGAUCCGACUCGCAUAGUCACGUUGUCUGAUGACUCGAGAGCAUUUGUGUGGAGGAUGUUCCCCGCCCGCCGUUGUCUUCUUCCACAACCUGGCGAAGUCGCUGGUCUUGCCGAACGUCUGUCGCCCUCAAAGGCCUUAAUGAGCCCAAGUGAACAAACCAAACGCAUUAUUCGUUCUCCCACUUUGCUUCAUAACACAGUCACCUCUGAUUCGGUCUCUCCAAAUUCAUUCACAUUAUCGUCCGCAAGGCGGCGGCAACUGAAUAUUCGUUCCUUUCUUCAGGCGAUCUCUCCACCGAAUAGUUCAACUAGCUCUCCACAUUCCUUGGCCGCGAAUAUUGGUUCUUUGCGUACCCGUGGGGCUGCUACUUUGACUGAAACCCUGGGUGGUGUUGUCCAACGAUUUCCAGCUAUUUCAGUCGGUUUGCAACUGACUUCUAUUUCGAGCAACCUGCUCCCCGACCAUUCAACAGAUGUGACACCGAGGAAUCAGACAGAUCCAGCUCCCCGCAAAACCCGACUUUCUCUUAGCCCAGACUCCUUUUAUUCAGAUAGCUCAGAUAUAGAAAACCAAUUCACUUCUCCAGCUCGUCCUCCCUUAGAAUAUGCCGAUGUUCCAACUUUUACAAACUUUUCUGCAACUCAUUCUGAUUUCGAGAAAACGCCACUGACUCCAGAAACACCACCAAGUCAUAGAAGUCGGCCUCCUUUGAUCAUGCGACAGGUUCUUUUCCACACCCCUACACAGUUGCCUUUCUGCGAGAGUGAAACACUAAGGCUGUCUCAUAAACGGCUGGAGCCUAACUCUCCUACUGAGAGUCCCAGCUCAAGAUUUGAUCCUGAGUUGACUUCACCUGCAUUAAUUUGCAAACGGCGCAGACUCACCGUCUGCCCAGCUGUCCACUGCCGUUCGGUCACUGGUUCUCCUACAAUGCAAAAAGUCGCCCCUCGGCGCCGAGUGACGACGGUCGGUCAACGGUUUAAACCUAUCACUAGUUACCUCAAAUCCGACAAGUGAUAGUAUCCUUCAUAUCCAUGCAUUUUUAUUCCUUGUCCAACUAUUUUACGCUCUUAUUUUUGUAUAUAUUGACAUAACAAGAGCCAAAGCCGCUUUGGCAGUUACGAAGAGAAAUAUUGUCUCCUA